AUGGCCGUCCAAACCAGCAUAAAAAGUGAAAAUCUGCUGAGUCCCCAAAGUCCGAGCUAUAGCGGAACACCGGCAGCAACUCCUCAGCCUCAGGCGUCAACCAAAUAUGCCAAAAUCCAACCUGCUAUAGCCAUUAAGCCGAAACCUGCCGCUACUCCCAAAUCCACAUUUAACCCCACAUAUAACCAAACGGCGAAGCCUUCAUCAAUUCUCAAUAACGAGAGUCUCAUAAAUACCUCGAGAAAAUGGGUGCUUCCCCCUCGGCCUCGUCCGGGACGGAAACCUACUGCUGGUGGUUCACCAGGCCCAGAAAAGACCGCACCAAAGAAGAAAUGUAAGGUGAAGCGUGAAGAAGUUGCGGCUGUUGCGCCUGUCGAAAAAGUUGACGAUGGUUCACCAGUGCUUGCAAAGAGAAGACUAGGAUCAGCAUCCUCGGCAACAGUGACAGGUGUUUCUGGAGGAUCUCCACAAGCUAUUAGUGUGUCACGAAAGAGCUCCGUUACACCUAUAGCCGUCACACCAGCUCCCACAACUUCAAGUUCAGUUACGGCUUCAAGCUCACCUCAAUGUCAGACUGCCGCAACUUCACCUGGCUUGAGCUCCAAUGUGCAAGUUAAUGAUCUACAAAAGAGUUACUUGGCUAGAAUCAAGGAGCAAGAGUUAAUCAAGAAUUAUAUUGAUGUGCUUACCAACCAGAUCAAGCAGCUUCGGUUCGUGCAGAACGGUGUCAUCACAUUUGACGUGCUUAACGAUACCAGCGACAGUAACGUGAGGGCUAAGAAAUCACUGAGCACGCAUUCUUUCGAGCUGUUUGACCACAUAAACAACAUUCAUGAUCUCGACAAAUACCUCGCCUACUUGACUACUCAACUGAAUGUGAUACAUUCAGUAACCAAGAGAGUCAAUGGUGUGGGCGUUGGAAAACCAUCCAAUGAGCAGGUUGGUCCGGUUCUGCGGCAGGUCCGCAGCUAUCUUGAUCGCCGUGCUCAAAAUUCUGAAGGAACUGGCUCGAGUACUCCUGAGGUGUCUGAUGGCUUCACGCCAAGUCUCUUGAGACCAUUGCGGAUGAACACUCUUGAUUCUGAAGACAAUUUAGUGGUUGACAUCGUGAGCAACAGCGAUGGUAUAGGGGGUGAGCGUAGUCGUGUUGAUGAUGCCGGACCUGAUCUGACUGUUGAACUAAUGAACCUUCUACAUGAUGGUGAUACAAAGUCAACACAGAGCAAAAAGUCUAAAAAGAUUGGAUGUGGGUUUUGCACGAAUGAAACGCCAUGUGUUUGUUUCGACGCGGACACCUUUUAA